ACAGACAGACAGACAGACAGAAUGACAGACCACCCAGACAAACAAACAAAGCGCUCCACAGAGAAGAGGGGGUGAGAGACGGGGACUGCGGGGCUCCUCCUGAGAUCCGUGUCCUCGCUCGUGUUCUCCACUGGCACUACAAGGACGCACACUGUGCCCGCCAAAACAGUUUAUUAAUCCUGGAUCUGAGGAAAUGGGACAUGGGGAGAAGAGGAAGUAAACACUAAGAGGAGACAGAGUUUGAAACAGUGUAAAAGAGCUCAAGGAGAAAAGACUGAAAAGGGUCAUCAUGGCAGAAGAAGCACAGGCUUCAGGGUCUCUCCAUAGCCCACCAUCUUACUCACAGGCAUCAGCAGCCAUGGAUGUGUGUGUAAAAACUGAGUGUGAAGAUGAGCACAUUUCCCACUUUGAAUAUUGUACUGAGGUUCAGGGCUUCGGUGCUGAAGAGAUGGGCUCAGGGCUGCACCUGGAUACUGACCACAUUAAAUCUGACAUUGUCACGGUUAAAGUGAAAGACAGUACUGAUCUACAGCUACAGUACAAAACUACCGAGGGGUUCUGCCCUACAUCAGAGCAUUUAACCUCUUCUACUUUUGUUUUAUCCAAACAAUAUAAAUCAGAUGCAGGUGAGAUUAAGGCUGAGCAACAUCCUCAGUUACAGGAAUCGGUUUCUCCAAAGAAGCAGGUUAAUGAGGCUUCUCGUUGUCACAUAAAGGAAGAGUAUGAAGAUUUUAAAAUGCACAAAUUCAGCACUUUUCCUUGUCCUGUAUCGAAACAGCAUAAAUCAGAAAUGGGAGAACUUAAGUUUCAGCACCAUUCUCAGUUAGAGGAACCUUCUUGUACAGACAAGGAAAUUAAAGCUAUUCAUUAUGAGAUAAAGGAAGAGAAUACAGAUUUACAGGUGCAUGAAUUAAGCACAUUUUCUUGUCCCUCAGCAAAACAGUAUAAAUCAGAGACAGAUAAAGUGAAGAUUGGGGAAAAUAUUGAUCUAUCUAGUCACUUAAAACAGUCCAAGUUCUUUCGUUCCUGUAGGAACAGUUUUCUGCAAAAUGGCAAAUUAAAACAGCAGCAGCGGACUUAUUCUAGUAAGAAACAGCACAAAUGUAGUGAAUGUGGAAAGUGUUUUUCCUGUGCAUAUACCUUAAAACUCCACCAGCUUGUUCAUUCUGGAGAAAAACCAUAUAAGUGUAGUGAAUGCGGGAAAUGUUUUUCACGAUCUGGUAACUUAAAGCAGCACAAGCUUGUUCAUUAUGGAGAGAAACCUUAUAGAUGCCAUCAGUGUGGAAAGAGUUUUUCCCGUAGGUCUAAUUUGAAAGUGCACCAGGUCAUUCAUUCUGGUGAAAAACCAUAUAAGUGUGGUAAAUGUGGAAAGAGUUUUUCCCAUGGAUAUACUCUAAAACAGCACCGAUGUGUUCAUUCUGGCAAGAAACUAUAUGAAUGCAGUGAAUGUGGUAAGAGUUUUUCCCGUGGAGGUACCUUGAAACAACACCAGAUUGUUCAUUCUGGUGAGAAACCAUAUAAGUGCAGUGAAUGUGGGAAGAGUUUUUCACAUGGAGGUAAUCUGAAAAAACACCAGCUUGUUCAUUCUGGUGAGAAACCAUAUGCAUGUAGUAAAUGUGGCAAAAGUUUUUUCUAUGGAAGUUCCUUGAAAAAACAUCAAUGUGCUCAUUCUGAUGAGAAACCACAUGAAUGUAGUCAUUCUGAAAAGAGUUUUUCUAUAGCUAGUCACUCACAAAAGCACCAGCUUGUUCAUUUUGAUGAGAGGCCCUAUAAAUGUGAAUGUGGAAAGAGUUUUUCUAAGACCAGUCACUUAAAAACUCACCAGUUUCUUCAUUCAGAGAAAAAAUUCAAUUGCAUUCUAUGUGGGAAAAAGUUUUCUUGUCAAAAUUAUUUAAAAAAACAUGAAUUUAUUCAUUCUCGUACAAAACCAUAUCAGUGUAGCCAAUGUGGAAAGAGUUUCUCACAAGGACGUUACUUAAAAUGGCACCAGUUUGUUCAUUCUUGUGAGAAACCAUAUCAGUGUAGCCAAUGUGGAAAGAGUUUUUCACAAGGACGUUACUUAAAAUGGCACCAGUUUGUUCACUCUGGUGAGAAACCAUAUAAUUGUAGUGAAUGUGGAAGGAGUUUUUCCCAUGGGUACAAGUUAAAGGAGCACCAGCUUGUUCAUUGCUCUGAAAAACCCUAUAAAUGUUGUCAGUGUGGGAAGAGUUUUUCUCAGGGACGUUACUUAAAGCAGCACCAACUUAUUCAUUCUGGAGAGAAACCCUAUAAAUGCAGUCAAUGUGGAAAGAGUUUUUCUCAGUAUGGUAACUUAAAACGACAUCAGCUUGUUCAUUCUGGUGAGAAGCCUUAUAAAUGUAGCCAGUGUGGAAAGAGCUUCUCUCACGGUGAUCACUUAAAAAACCACCAACUUAUUCAUACUGGUGAGAAACCAUAUAAAUGUAGUAAAUGUGGCAGAAGUUUUUCUCAGAGACAGCAUUUAAAAAGACACGAGAGGACACACUGAAGGCUUUACAGUAUUUUUUUUUUUUUUUGUGUGUGUGUGUGUGAAAUUUACAGACUGUCCAGUGAACCCAAGUUGACGAGAUACAACUGGAGUUGAGUGAAAAAUUGCAAUUGUCACAAAGAAAACAAGCUGAUGUAGUUUUCACUUGAAGUUAAUUCCUGGUGCUCAUGAGAAAGCUUGUGUUGCAGUCGGUACAUACAUGCUGUUCUAGAUCCACCUCUGGAACUCAGAUGCUGGGCUUGGUUCACUGUCCAGUCUGACUCCAUGUUCUUCACUUGAACCCUGAAUUCCGCCAUAAACCCACUAAAAAGUAACCAUGACGACCAUUGCUCAGUCAAGGUCACCUGGGAACAAGAGAGAUGUUUCAAUUUCUGCAUAGAAGGAGCAACAAAACUAGUGAUUAUAGCCGCUUCUUGGAAGUCCCAGGUUUGAAUCCAAUUUCUUGCUGUUGUACCCUUGUGCUACUUACUCUGAAUUGCUCCAUUAAGCAGUGUAAAAGUUUCCCAGCUGUGUAAAUGAUUGAACCAUUCUGAGUGUCUUUGGACAAAAAGUCUCAGUUAAAUAAAUAAAUGUGUAUCUGCAAGGUAAUUUGUUUUUAGAGACUUUUCCAAUCACUUGUGAGAACAUCCCAGACCAGUUUUCCACAGUCACUCUUAUGAGAUGUUCCCCUUUACAAUCUUGAAAGGUGUGCAACUAAGUGAUGUUUCUUGGGUGCAAAUAAUUUUGUCCUGACUUUGUUAAAAUCUUUCAAUUUUGUGGGUGGAAUGAAUAAAAUGGGA